AUGGAUGCAGGGACAAAGCUGAAGAUCAAACUCAGGACCGGGGACAUUGGUCUUCGAGAACGUAGCCGAAGGCUUCGGAAGGUAGACGAUGAAGACGCCAAGUUCAAAUGUGAUUGCGGCUCCGAGUGCGAAGACCGUGUUCAUGAAGUCGCGGAAUGUGGGCUGUACAAGGAGAGGGAAAGUGUGAACGAGGAGCUUGUCAAGGCCUCCGGGGGCGGCGGCGACGCGGGCGUGCGCGUGUCCAAGCGCAAGAAGAAUCAGCCCAAGAAACAGAAGCGACCGAAGGCUGGUGCUGGUGCUGCUACGGCUGGUGCUGGUACCACUUCUACAGCAGCAGCAGCGGCAGCAUCAGCAGCAGCAGCAGCAGCAGGGGUUCGUUUCCACGGGGGCAGUGGGACGGUGGGCGGGAAGGGGGGGAUCUGCAGAGAGGAGUUCAAUGUCGGUACCCACACCGCGAAGAGGGCGUCCGCACGAGCGCGCAAGAUCAAACGGGCGAAUAGGUCGUCGUGUGCGUCGUGCGCGGUGGCGGUGGGGGCGCCGGAGGCGGCAGAAGUACGAGGGGAGCCUCUUUCUGCGGCUGCGAGCAACGUUCACCAUCACCUCGUCGACACCUUCUCCCGACGGCAACAGAACGAGAAGAACAGAGGUCCAUCUUCCAACGGAGGCAAGAAAAUGGUAAGGGCGGCUAGCGGCGGUGUAAGCCGGGCGAUGAUGCCUCGGAGGUCUUCGGCGCCGUCUGCAGCGGCGGCGGAGGCGGUCGGGGGGGGGGCGGGGG